GUUGGAAUCGUAACGAUGCUGAUACGAAACAUAGAGUUCUAUCACUUUUCCGUAUUACUGAUCAUUGUAUUUCAAAUAUUUUUUUUUCAAGUUUUGUGUACGUAUACAAAUAGAUGAGAACCAUUCUUCUCGGACAGGUGACUUAUUGCGCUCACAGUUGUGUUCUUGUCACGUUUGAGCUGAAUUCCUUUGGCAUGGAUUUUACGCAAUUGCAUUCCGUCAUAGCUGGGAAUCGUCCCGUUUGCUACUUAUCUGUGAGGUAUACUCAUUCAAGAAAAGAAGCAUACAUUUUACAACGUGAAAUGCCACGAAAUGCAAUGUCAACAGAAAAUCAAUUCUCGGUUGUUAAUCACGGCGUAAAACUAGCAUACAGAAAUAGAAACUCGCGACUGUAAUCAAGAUGUCUCACAUGCGCGGAGCAAAUAGAUAUCCACAUCCCAGGUACAAUUCAUUCGUCUACUCUACCUUUUCAAAUUAGAAUUACCUGGUGAAUUAGCGGACUCUAAUUUGGAAGAUAAACUAUCGACUGCCCGGUUCGUUUCGUUCAAACGAUGCGGUGUGAUAUUUGAAGGAUUGCGCAUUGACUUCGAUUGUACUGCGUGUAGUUUGACUUUGAUGUUGAACAGUAUACCUGAAGUUGAUGUUGGUGGGAGUGUUUUUACCAGAUCAUGACACCUACGAAUAUUGAAUAACAUAUUGUUCGUCAACUAUGUUGAAUUAUGUUCAAAAUUUUGUUAAAAGGUGUCACAGCAUAAAGAUUUUUUAUUAUCUUCACUGUUGAUGCAGUCCAACAUUCGACAUGAGAACAACGGCACCCAGUGGUGAAUUUUGUACUUUGGACAUGCAUAAAGUGCAUCUGGUCACUUUAUGCAUGUUAGAGGUAUAACGCGGGACACAAAAAAAACCAUAUGUGAACAUGAACCAUAGUUUAGCGAGUCUAAACUGAUCAGUAUUAUUUCUUUCUGAGUAUCGACACUCAGUUGUGAUUUUUCGGUGGUUUAGAUUUUGUUUACGCCCGAAGAUCAAUCAGAGCAUUUACGCGUGGCAAGCACGAUUCAAAUUCUACAAUUUUCUUCAAGUUACCGAAUGGAAUGCUCGAAAAUUCCAAUUCAUUUUUCAUCGAUUUUAGUGUUAACGUAUGCGUUCAAAAAAAUUGACUAAUUUGGGAUGGCGAUGAAAGAUAAUUUAUAGGAACAAAUUUUCCUUAAAUCUUACGUUUAUUAAGUCUACAACAAAAAUGAUUCAAGGCUGCUGAUUCACACUGUCAAGCAACUUGAUGAUUUUUCCAUACUGCAAGCUCCACCCCACAGCGAAGGAGUUGGAUAUCCUGGGGCACUUUGUGUCCGCCAGAUAUAGCCGGGAGAUCGAAGCAACCGGUCAAACGGGGGAGAAGAAUCUGGCCAAAAUGGACAUUUUUAUGCGGAAGCGUCAAACGAGACCGGCCGUAUCUGAGCAGCAUGCAAUCACUCAAGAAGGAGUAGCUUGAGGUGCUGGUGAAAAACUUCUUUUCGUACUCAUAAUGAAGGACGAGUCGUACUUUAUGCUAGAAUUCAACGAAUGACAGGGGACCGGGUACUUUACGUUUUCCAGGUAAGCGAUGACGUCGAUUAUAUCAUUCACACCAAGUUCUCGAAGAAGGUCCUUCUUUGACAGACGUGAAGGAAAUGUCCAAGCCGCUCUUCUUUCGAGUCAUGAACGGGGAGAUAUAUAGUACGAAGUGCUUGCCGGAGUUGGGAAAGUGAUGUGGUCUUUUUGCCGUCCCUGGGAUCAGCCCAUUAUACAAAAAGAUCACUGGAGGAUGGAUCGGCUCGAGAUAAACACUGUCGCGAAGACCACCAACCUUCCCCAGCUGCGCCCGAUAGAAAACUUUUGGGUGAAUGGCCAAAAUAGGGAGACAGACUACCACCAAAGCCACGAAAAGCAUACCAUAUAGAUUCGGAUUGACAUGAGCGAUGCGUCCAGACUGAGCGGUUAUCAGCGACCGCGUGAAGGCAGCAGUGGCGGCGAGAGGCAGCACUUUGGCGAGGUAGAUCGGCACCUGCUGGAGGGAGGGGACAAAAUACCAUUCGUCGAUUCCGUGGAUGACAGCGACGACGAUGAUGACGACGAAGGUGAGGGCAGAGGUGGCACGAGUGGCAAUGAGUCCGAUUCGGAAGACGAUGAGGAUGAUGUUAUGACUGAGAGUCAGGAGAACUUGGCGAUGGCCUACGUAAAUCGUUUCAAGAUGCCGUCCCUAGCGGAGCGUCGCAAUCAGGAGAAGCUAACCGUUACCAUUGAACACGAAAGGAGUGCAUCGAGAGUCGAUCUUGAGGAGGAAGCGAAGGAUAAGUCCACCGAGCUUAAAUGUAUCCAGGAUAGACUGGUUGGAUUGCGACGUAAUUCCAUCUCACUACCCACCCUGACCGAAGAGGAGCUGAAUGCUUUGCAUCAGGCGAGAGCUGAUGAGGAGGAAACCCAAAUCCUGAUUAUUGAAAAUCGAAGCAUCAGUUCAGAGACAACUGCUUCGCCGGUAACGCCAAGUUCGUCGGUACCAAGCUUGAAACCAAUGCUGCAAUAUGAAAGUGAGAGUACCGAAGAUGACGAAUCUCGCAACCCAAGAAACACAUUCCGGAAUAAACGACGAAAUUCUAUUGCUCCGCUGCCGGCGCUUAGACUCAACGACAGGGAAAUGAUGGCGAAUGAUUUCGAUUCCCAGAGCGUGCUGAGCAAUCAGAACUCCAUCACCAGCAUUAACUCGCUGGCGAGUUUGCUCAAGGAGAAGAUGCAGAACGUGCCGGCCAUGAUUCGGAAAAAGAAACGAGAAACCAAAGAUUACAAACUACGCGUCUUUGUCGGUAUGCUGUUUCUUAUCAUCGUGUUUCUCGUUGGCUAUGCGUACGUCAUGUACAACCAGAAGCUGCUGGCGAAAUCGUACUUUGACAGCGUGAAGCUGCACAAACAGACACGAGCGCUGAGGAUUCUUGACACGAAGGGAAAUGACCUUCUGACUGGGGUGCUGGGACUUGGAAUCAACAUCGACAAGCCGUACAAUUGUUUGCCGCAGGAUUUACGCGACGAUGGAAGCGUUUGUUACGAGUGGAACUCGAUGGCGAGGCUGUAUAUGAAUCUGGAGAAGACUUCUUCGCCCGACAUCAAGUGCUACAGCUUCAGCUGGGAAGCGCUGGUGGAGAAUUUCAAUCCUACCGAUUGCUUCGACAUUGGAGAUGAUCGUGGCUUCUGGUAUGGAGGUGGAUUAACACAGGGGGUGGAUUAUCCAUUGAGUAAGGCCUCUUUCGAUUUCUCUCCAUUCGUCACGGGCGACAUCAACGUCAAACAAUGGGCCAAUGCUGUUAAAAGAUACUUUUUGAAUUCUAAAGGGAUAGCCAUCCGGGUGGAUGAAACAACACCCCUCUACGUUAGUAUCAACCAUGAGGGCAACAAUCAGUUUUGUUUACAAGGGAAAAACGACAAUUUCGCUUUUGUCAAUAGGUUAACAAAAUACCCUGCCUUGAACUACCGGAUAUGCACUGGCCCAGAUAUGAAGACUAUCCACAACGGUCUCACGCAGAAAAGUUUAUGGGAUGGUUUAACAGAAAAUGAUAACGCCAUCAUAAAGUCAUUAUUGAGAGAACCCGUUUGGCAGAUUCCAGCUGCUAGUCAGGCUAAGCUCACUGAAACCUUCAUUUAUAAUUACACUGAAAACGUAAUUGCUUCCGGGUAUCUACGUCUCGGUCAUGUAUUGGUUAACGAAUUCUGGCAGAAGAAUAUUGGUGAUUUCAACAUUGAUACCGAUCGCUUCCCUACCCUAGAAGACACUAUUAAAAUCCUGCAUCGGAGAGGAUUCCGAAUCACGCUUUCAAUCCAGCCGUUUAUUAGUACCGAAAGCGAAAAUUUCCUCGAAGCGGUCACCAAAAAGCUGCUGAUCUACGAACGCGAAUCCGAGCGGAGCAUACCUGCCUUAACGCGAUACAAAAGUCUGUCGAGUGCUGGAGUUCUCGAUAUUACGAAUAAUGCAACCAUUCCCUGGCUAAGAGAUCAGCUCCAAAAGAUCACCGAAACCAUCGGAGUCGAUUCGUUCUAUCUAGACUUUGGCAACGCCUUCAACAUUCCCCGCUACUAUCAAUGUACCAACUCGCUGGAUAAUCCGGACCAGUACAAAACAAUUUUUAUGAAUCGCUUCGAGGGCAACCUUAAUAUUUUCGGGGUUUCUAGUGCCAUUACUGUUCCCCGACCCCCAGCAUUUCUGAGCCUGCCACCGGUGAAUAGCUCGUGGAGUGGACUGCAGGCCAUCAUCCCCACGCUCCUGUCGUACGGGGUUAUCGGGUACCCUUUCAUCAUGCCUGGACCGGUUGGGGGAGACUUCCUUUUGCCGUCAGAGAAGCUCAAAAAAAUGUACUCUUUCUACCCGCUGGAGAUCCCUCCGCUGCCGGAGGUCGAGCUGUACAUUCGCUGGCUGCAGCUCGCCACCUUCCUGCCGGUGCUUCGUUUCACGCACCUUCCGUCGGAGUACAAGAACGAUUCGGUGACGGAGAUUGCGAAGGAGCUGUCAGCGAUACGGCAGAAAACUGUCGUCGUGCUGCUGGAGAAGUACUCGAGCAUCGCUAUGGACGAAGGGCUGCCGAUCAUCCGCCCUCUGUGGAUGAUGGAUUCGACUGACGUUAACUGUUUGUACAUAGACGACGAGUUCUCGAUAGGGGAUGGACUGAUCGUGGCACCAAUUCUCUAUAGAGGAGACACUAGUCGGGAAGUGUAUUUACCCCAGGGUGUCUGGAAGGACGGCAUUGAUGGUUCGCUGCGGAAAGGUAAUCGUUGGAUCCACAACUACCAUGUGCCACAGAAUAAGGUGGCUUACUUCGUGAAGAUGCCAGACAACACACGUUUCUAGGCGAACAGGUGAUUGCGUUGACGCGUUCGGCUGUUCCAGAUGUACCCGUAUGGAAGUGCCUCUAGUCACCGAGACGUUCUUUCGUACGGUAAUACGUAAGAUGGACGAGAUUUCCUUUUUAUUUAUUUGUUUUUGACAUAUGAGCUAAGAGUGUGCGAUUAAACAAAUACAUUUUUAACUUGGCAACUAUUCGUACUAAUAGUAAUACUUUGAUAUACACUGUAAAUAUAUACUGUUUAAAUAGUAUAUGUACCCUAGAAGAGUCACUGUUUGCUGCUGCUUCGAAAUCUCAUAUUAAAUAUAUUUGUACUAGCGACUACUUCCUCUGGGCGAGAUUGUGUGUUUUGCGAACAAGAACCUAAUACUUUUCUACAAGAAUGUAAGUACGUUUCGAUAGUCUAUUGCUCGGCUAUCGCAACAAAAGAAAAUGUUAAUAUAACAUAAUACCAACUGUUGAA